GACGACAGGACACGAGGACUGACCCCCACCUUUGACCGACAGCUGCCAACAACCCGAGACACAAAAGACGAAGGCUCGUGAUACAGACAGGCCUUCCUCUCUGACCUGUGUGAGGGGCAUCAGCUGGAUCCCACUGUCUCAAAGUCUAGCCCUGAGAAAUAUCUGCUGAGAACCGUCUGUAAAGAUGCUGCUCCUACUACUGGGAAUCAUCCUCCUGCACGUCGCUGCUCUGGUUCUCUUGUUUGUGUCAACAAUAGUCAGCGUAUGGACAUCAAGUGAAACUGGAACCUCAGACCUCUGGAUAAACUGCUCUACUUCCAAUGGAGGAUACCACUGUGACCCAGCAACAUCUGGAGAGUGGAUUCAGGCAGUCCAGGCUGUUAUGAUCCUAUCCAUCAUCUUCAGCUGCCUGUCUCUCUUCCUCUUCUUCUGCCAGCUCUUCACUUUGCAGAAGGGUGGACGCUUCUUCCUCACUGGAACCUUCCAGAUCUUGGCCAGUUUGUUCGUGAUGAGUGGAGCCAUCAUCUACACGGUGAUGAGUCCGGAGUGGGUGCCGGAGGGAGACGCCUUCGGCUACUCCUACAUCCUGGCGUGGGUUGCCUUCCCUUUGGCACUGAUCAGCGGACUCAUCUAUGUCAUCUUGAGGAAGCGAGAAUGAGCCAUCAGUCCACGCCAGUGUUCCCAGUAACCCCCUGUCCUACUGCAAGUGUCAUCAGUCCCCCCAGCCCCUCUGAAGUAUAAGUUCUGAAGCCAGAGUACCAAAGGCCAAUGGAGACACCAGGCCAAUACACCCAGAUCACAACAAGGGGGGGGUAAUACCAAAAAUCAACAUGCAAACCAACACAAAAACAACCAAUACUGUCUCAGUUAAAAGAUGUAUAUAGUAUCUAUGGUUUAAAACCUAUUUAUAACACUUUUUACAUAUAUGUACAUAGUUUUUGUGUUGCUCUGUCAAUGGAUACUUGUAUGAGCUUUGUUUUAGCUGAUUAAGUGCCUCGUGUUUGUUUGUAAUGAAGAAAUAAUUAGAUGCUAUUUUGUUGUGUUUUCUUUUUUUUGUUGUUGUUGCCUCUUUUUUUUUUUUUGGUAAUUGCCAAAGAAUUAGCAAAAAAAAGAAAGAAAACAAGUUUCUUGAAGUAUAUUAACCAAAGUGCAUGUAUAGAAAUAGAAGGGUUAGAAGAAGAAGUUGUUUUGAUGGGCUUGCUUUACAACGCAAAAAAGAAAAGAGUGGUAACAUCCGCGGACGUAGCAUAGCCAUGAAAAUAUAGAUUUGGUCCUUUUUUCUUGUUUGUGAAUUUGCAAGUUUCAGUGUUUUUUUUUGUUUUUUUUUUCUAUUUCUUAUUUUCAACAAAAGAUGGUGCUAUGUAUUUAUCAUUCCUAUUACUGAUAGCAGUCAUUUACAACAGAGUUACUUUGUUACUGUUUCAGAGUCAAACAGCUCGCCAUGAAUUAAAGUGAGAAUCAGACAGAGGUACACGUGUACAUACAGUGCCUGACUGCUUCUUUAGGGAACACAGCCUAUUUCACAUUUUGAAGUGUCUGAUCUUUUUCUUCUUCUACUUCUUCUUCUUCAUCAUCAUCUACUGUAAAACAAAAAGAAUAAUUGAGUUCGGGGCGGUGUGUUAAUGAAGUCAAAAGUCAUUUGGAAUGUCAGUAUUAUUCUGUGAGUUUGUGAAGAGUUGGAUCACAGUGAAAUGACUUUAUAUAUAAGCUUUUUGUUUGAGCUCUGUUUGCCUUAUUUUGCCCUUCAUUCUGAUGUUUGUGUGCGGCUGUUAAAGUCUCAAAAAAAGCCAAAUUGCCUUCUUAGUAGAACACCAUGAAAAAAUAAUAACACCACAGGGAAUUAAAGCCCCGGAAAGAAAAAGUAUAUAUUUAACAUUACUAGAAGUAAAUGCCACUGUUGAAGCCAUAUAAAUAUAAAACAGAUAAUAGGAAAACAUAUUUAGUAUUAACUAUAUGUGAGAAAAAGGACAGAGAGGUUUGCAGUGAUGAUACAAAUGUCUGUUUCACAUACUUGAAAGUUUGACAUGCUGCAGUCUCUGCCCACUGACGCCUAGAUGUUUUUUUCUCCUCUACUGUGUAAAACACUGUUUAUAUGUUGUGCGUAACAGAUGUUGAUGACAAUCUAGCCUAAAAAACACUUACUCAUUCAAUAAAAACUACUCUCACAUUAUCUGAUACUGUGUAUUCCACUGUUACAAGGGACUGGAUUCAUGCUCUAACACACUUGAUGCAUGUGGAGCUAGAGAUCACGUAGAAUUUCAAAGUCGUUGUUUUUAGGCUGUCGUGCUGUUGUCUCGCCUGUAAACUCAGAAACAUGCAUUUCUGCGCUACAAAAGCAUCAUAUGGAGAGAAAAACAAACAAAAACUGCCAGUAAAUGGGAAUAGACAUAAAAAUGGAAUUUGUGGUGAUGAAUCUGUUGUGAUUGAUGGUAGCUGCGUGUUCGUACUGUAUGCCAUGAGACGGCUCAAGCAACUGAAAUGCAACGUGCAGCAUGUAAAUUCCUGUGUACAGUCCAGCCGGGCGAGUCUUACCUUACAGUAUGCGAUCAUACGUUUGGAAGAUCAAAUGAGCUGCCUCUCGAGCACGCGCUGUAUGCGACUUGUGUUACCACGCACACACUUCGGGGUCAAAGGCACGGCGGUUUGUGCCCCCGUGCCAAUUAUUCGAAACAUGCAGCUAGUGUUUCACUGUCAACGGCGUCUCUCUUAGCAUCAGAAAUAAGACUUGGACGUGUCUUGAACACUGUAAAAAGCAAAGGGUCUCCAACCUUCACUCGACAUCUCUCUACCCCCGUGAGAUCCAGAACAGAGCUGAUGUUGUGGUGGAAUAAAGUAUUUAAUUCAGAGCUUACACUAGCUAGUCUGCUGUGGGGAUUUGUUUUGUUUUUUUCUUUUUGCAUGAUGCUCAUUAUUGGGUUCAGUUAGAAGAGACUGCCUCUAAUGACAACUGCCCUACUGUUUUGUGUAAAAGAAAAAAGACAGAGUUCAACUGUCUCAUGCCAUGUUUACACCUAAACUUCCAAAUGCUCUUGAUAUUACCAAAGCUACUUUGAGUUUAAUCAUUAAAGGAUGUUUCUUACCACCACAA